GCGCUGGGGAGCGGCGCGGGCGGCCCAGCGGCGCGCCAGUCGUGCAGCCCGCAGUGGCCGGUGCCAUGAGCUGCGCCCAGCUGAUGUACCAGCCCUACUCGGCCAGUCCGUACGUGCCCCAGGACUCGGCGUUCGGCAGGGUCGGCUCGCCGACCGACUCCGCUGCCUCGGCCGCCGCCGCCGCCGCCGCCGCCGCCGCCGCCACCGGCAAAGAACAGAAGUACAAAGUGUGCGCCAGUCCGGGCGGCGAGGCGCCGCUGACGCCCCCGGGCGGCGCCGAGGAGGACCAGCGCGCGCAGCACAACGUCAAGUUCCUCGCCUCCAACUGCGUGCUGGUCACGAACUACUGCGGCGACGUGGCCAGCGUGGUGGACGAGCACUUCGCGCGCGCGCUCAGUCAGAACCCGGGCUUCGACGUCAAGCUGGGCUCAGUCACAUCCAAAGACAGCCUACCGAUGACACAGCGAAACCUGCCCGCCUCGUUCUGGAACAGCGGCUACCACAGUCGGGCAACAGUGACGUCAGUGGGGCACAGCGGCGCCGGACAUGAGCUGUACACGGACCCCUACCACUCAUCAUCGCUCCACGGGCUGCAUCAGUCAGACCCGUGGCACUACGCGCUGGCCUCGCAGGCGUACCCGGGCCGCGAGCUGAGCGGCUACGGAGGCGCCACGGCCGGCGUGGCCGCGGCGCGCUUCAACGGCUACGGGCCGCUGCUGUUCCCGCCGCCGGCGCGGCUGCCGGCCGGCCAGGCGACCAAGGGCGACUGGGCGCCGCGGGGCUACCCGGACGUGUCGCCCGAGCUGGGCGCGCACUCGCACCCGCACCCGCACCCGCACCCGCACCCGCUCGACCCCGGCUUCGGCGCCGGCGCGGUCGGCUACGGCAACGUCGUUAGCGGUCUCGAGUCAUCACUUCACGCCGCUGCCAGCGGGAAGGACUCCUACUGGCUGUAGCCGGCGCCGCAGCUGACGACAGGAGCAGCUCGCUGAUCCUGCCGCCGUGUACAACAGUCCCGGAGCGAACAGUUCUGGGUCCUCUUAGCACGCAAUCAAAUCAAAAGGGUCCCGAUUUCGGGCGGGCAGUUGCUGUCGGUCCGGGUCGGGACCGGGACCAGGGCGAUCUGUUUGUGGCGUGUCGGUCAUCUGCGUGUGCUGGAGACGUUGUUGAUUUUGUAUGUGUGCUCUUGGUGGCCUCAAGUGCCUUGGUAUUAUAUAUCAUGGGGAUACGAUGAACGAUGGCGCUUCGUUUUUCCGUAUGCAUGGAUUUAUUUGUUCACGUGCGUGGUUUGCUAUUUCUGUACAUGUUCAACGUUCUGAAUGGCAUUAUCAUCGUCUCCUUUGCUUCACAUUUGCUCUUUCCGACUUUCUCCCGUGUUUAUCUUUUUAGGUCCUACCUCGCUCCUUCCUUCCCAAGCCUGGGCUCUGUACUCAUCUUUGGCUUGGGCACGCGUUCCGCAAGCUCGCGACAGUGCUCUCCACGUGACCGGCCAUUUUCUGGUGUUCGCAAUCUCACAGGUCCGAAUAAAAUCUUCGAAUGUCCCAGCUGCACACAUCGGUACGCAUUGCUAUGUCCAUCAGAGUCAGGUGUGCGGGACAGUGCUUGGAAGUAUGCAACCAGUGUGGCUGACUGCAGCACCGUAGCACGGCAUUGACCGGGCAACACCGACAGAGCGUCCUCCUUGUAUGUAUCCGUUAUUUAAUAUUUAUUAUUUGCGAUAGAUGGAGUAUCGGCUUUCGCCAUCUGUUUUCACAUCAUGACCAUUUUCAAACAUGUGACCACGUAGCUAGAAUAAGAAGCAGUAAACGUGUGUGGCCUGUG